UCAAACCAAAGCCUGUAUUAUUUGAACGCCACUCUGUUUGCUGUCAUUCCGCGCGAUAAGCCAGGUGUAAACUGCUCAUUCCUCAUCCUCGGCACCCAGACUCAACGCGGCUACUGUAUCUCGAGCCCUAACGCAAAUUUUCAGCGCCGCUAAAGUGCACAAUACGUGAGACAGCCCUCUCGUUGGCGCUGCCUUACCAGGCACUGUCCAUGUCUGAGGCGACCCCUGCCCACCAAGCCUCAUCACCGUCCAGCUGCGCUGCGUCGGCUCCGUGGGUCGAUGCCAUCUGCAUCGACCAGACCUCCGCAGAAGACAAGGCCGUCCAGGUCCCCAUGAUGCGCGACAUCUACGCCAACGCCGCCGGGGUCGCGGUGUGGCUCGGCGAGCUCGAGCAACUGGCUAGCCCUCAGAGUGUUGGCAACUUGCGGAGCCUGUUCCGCCUUAUGCGUGUAGCUGGAGUGAUGUACCCCCUCGGUCCCCUCAAAGUCGACCCCCUGUACGACGACCUUCCAGAUGAUGUCGUUAUGGUCAGAAUAAACCCGUACUUCCGGCGCGUUUGGACCGUGCAGGAGGUCGCCGUGGCGGCCAAGAACGCAAUUUACCUCCAUGCUGAUCCGUCGACGGUCUCCUGGCGAGAUCUCUGCGUGACGGCCUCCUUUGCAGCCUUCAGCCUGACGAGGCUGGAAACGUUUACUGACGGCGUAUUAGCAUGUCGGUUGGAGUCACACUUCGUUGUGAUGAAGGACGUCACUCUGCGUCACCUUUUUGACGAGGAAGAAGGCAAGAGUGUUAUGUCGUCCCAAGCAAACCUCGAGGAUCAUAUUUUGGUCUUUCUAAACGGGCUGCAUGCCACAGACCCAAGAGGCAAGGUUUAUGCCAUUCUCUUUGCCUUGGCGCACAGAUCUCUCCGUGACGCAGGUCAGGUGGAUUCGCCAACAGGCCAGGCCGGCUGUGAGGAAGAUCCGGAGAGAACCAACCAAGAAAUCAUUGUCGACUACACCAAGCCAGCCGAGGUUAUUUUCACAGAAUUCGCCACCUUCAUCCUCAGCCAUGCCGAAGGCCCGUAUAGAAUCUGGCCGCUGCUUCUUGCGUGCCGAGAUGGACGAUCCAAGCAUGGGGACUUGCCAUCAUGGGUUCCGGACCGGGUAGAGCCCAAGACCUACGAUGUGCGUAUGCGGUUUGUUUCAACACACCUGCAUCGUGAUUGAACUGGC